AAUCUAAGAAAGAGAGCGAAAUAAAAUAAAUUAUAUAAAAAAAAAGAGUUAGGAAAGUUGGCUGAGUUCGACAAAGAGAUUGUGAAUAAAAACAAGAGGUCCCGUGAGUAGAAUUCUGCUCUUUUCGUCGAUCUGUAGAAAAUUUGAGGAAGUUUACACCAUCCUUCAAUAGCACUUGCAGCUGCUUUGAUUACUCUAUAUUCACUCUAUUUUGCAUGAAAAAUGGGAGUGGAGAAAGAGAAGAAGCUUCUUACAGUGGCUCCUUUCGAGUGUGCAUGGUGUGAGGAACUUAGAUUUAGGGAAGCUGGCCGUGGUUGCAUCGCCUUUGAGGCUUUCGCUCAGAAUGAUGUCACUUUGGUGUUCAGAGAGCAAGUUGGAAGCCAAUACUACCAUUACAAAAUGGACAAUAGCCCAAACUAUACCAUCAUAUUAGGAAGUCACAGAAACCGAAGGUUGAAGAUUGAAGUAGACGGAAAGACUGUAGUCGAUGUGGCGGGUAUUGGUCUCUGUUGUUCUUCGUCAUUCCAGAGCUAUUGGAUAAGUAUAUAUGAUGGAUUGAUUAGUAUAGGGAAAGGAAAGCAUCCGUUUCAGAACAUUGUGUUUCAAUGGCUAGAUGAGAAUCCCAAUUGUAGUGUUCAGUAUGUUGGCUUAAGUAGUUGGGAUAAACACGUGGGAUAUAGAAAUAUCAAUGUCCUGUCCCUGACCCAAAAUCAUACAACUCUAUGGAAUCAUCUUGAUUACAAAGAGUAUGAGGCAGAGACCGAUGGGGAGAUUGAGGGGGAUAAUGUGAUUGAUGGCUGUGGAAAUUGGGGUCUUAAGAAUUUCCUCGAGAAUUGGGAUCUUUCUGAUGUAUUAUUCGUUGUUGGAACCGAAAGAAAAGUGGUUCCUGCUCAUAAAAUUAUUUUGGCUGCUUCCGGAGAAUUUUCAUUUAGAUCUUCUGAUGAGAACAUUAUCCAUCUGCCUUCAAUAAGUUAUCCAGUUCUUCAUGCAUUUUUGGAGUAUAUUUACACUGGCCAAACCCAAAUUGCAGAGUCGCAACUUGCUUGUCUGCGGGAUUUGGGCACACACUUUCAAGUGUCUCCAUUGGUCAAGCAGUGUGAAGAAAUAAUUGAUCGGUUUAAGACAAACAAGAAAUUAUUUGAUUCCGGUAAAAAAGUGGAAAUCAUGAGCAGGAUCUACCACGAGUGGCAAUCUGGUAUUUAUCCUGGUACAUCCCCCGCAGUGGUGAGCAAUCUUAAGAAAUUCCUUGCAACUGGUGAGCACAGUGAUGCAAACAUUUACAUUGAGGGGCGAGGUCUUGUUGCCCGUUCUCACAAAGUUGUUCUUAGUUUAUGGAGUGCUCCAUUUGCGAAGAUGUUCACAAACGGAAUGGUUGAGAGUAGCUGCUCAGAUAUUUCAUUCACUGACGUGCCUGCAGAAGCUUUUGUAGUCAUGCUUCAGUUCAUGUAUAGUGGGGUUUUAGAAAUGAACCAAGGAGAAAUGGCUUCUUUGCUGAUACCACUGCUUGUAUUAGCUGAUCAAUUUGGGGUUAUGUUCCUUCAACAAGAGUGCUGCAAAUACCUUUUGGAAUUCCUCUCAGAGGAUACAGUCUGUCCUAUUUUACAAGCUGUUUCGUCAGUUCCAUCAUGUAAACUUCUUGAAGAAACUUGCAAGAGGAAAUUUUCAAUGCACUUUGAUUAUUGCACAACUGCCAGUACCGAUUUCGUCUUGUUAGAUGAGGCGAUUUUCAAGGAUAUACUUCAGCAUGCUGACAUGACUGUGACCUCAGAAGAAAAAGUUCUUGAUGCAAUUUUAAUGUGGUGCAUGCAAGCCUCUGAUAUCUGUAGCUGGACUGCAGUCAAUGAGCUCUUGAAUUCUCUAACACCUGAACAGAUUUUCAGAGAGAAGCUUCCAUCUCUCGACACUUUUCUACCUUUUGUACGCUUUCCACUAAUGCCAUCCUAUUUGCUUCAAAAGCUGGAAAAGAGCAAACUGAGCAGCAAGAUUUCUGUAUUUGGGCAGCUUGUAGCAGAAGCAAUUCAGUAUUCGGGUAUUAAAGUGAUAAUGCCAGCAACCAAUCAGAAUGUGAGGUUUCAACAUCGACGUUCAAGCUUUAGAGAUCUCCAAUAUAUAUGUGAUGGGGAUAAAAAUGGAGUUAUUUACUAUGCUGGGACAUCCUAUGGGGAGCAUCAGUGGGUGAAUCCGGUUUUAGCGAAGAAAAUUAAUGUGACUGCAAGUAGCCCUGCUUCCAGAUUUACUGACCCAAAGGCAAUGGUGUCAAGAGCAUACCAGGCUACCUCUUUUGCUGGCCCUCGGAGAGAAAAUGGCCAGAGCUGUGCUUGGUGGAUGGUUGACAUCGGGCAAGAUCACCAGCUGAUGUGCAAUUAUUACACUCUGAGACAAGACGGCUCCACUGCAUUUCCUAGAUCAUGGGCCUUCCAGGGAUCCAUGGACGCCGAGAACUGGAGCGACUUAAGAGUACACAAGAAUGACCAGACGAUAUGUAGGCCCGGGCAGUUUGCAUCUUGGCCCGUGAACGGCCCAACUUCACUGCUUCCUUUCAGAUUCUUCCGAGUGAUAUUGACCGGUCCGGCAGCGAGCGAUGCGAACUUGUGGAACUUUUGUAUUUGCUUCAUUGAACUCUAUGGUUACUUCCACUGAUGAAGUACCUGGGGCAAUGUGGUGAUGAGUUGGUCACUGAUGACCGAGGUAUUGUAUAAUUUCAUAGUUGAGUGAGCCAAUAAGUCCUCAGUAAAGAUGGUUCUUGCAAUAUCUAAUCCCAUGUUCGUGUUGAUUGUAAGAACGCUCUGAUGACAAUCUUUGUAAGUUUUGAGUUGCUAUCACCUCCAAAAGUUAUGUUUGGCUAUUUUUUGUUAGGUUGGGUUAUUUAAUUUGUGGGAGCUCCAUGUUCUCCUGCUUGUUU